GCGGGGAUUGGCCGGGGCGGGGCGCGCGGCGGAAGCGGCGGCGGCGGCGGGCGGGUCGGCAUGGAGCCCGCGGAGGGCCCAGGCGCGCUGGGCCUGCACGGCGACGAGGAGAUCAUCGAGGUGGUGGAGCUGGGCCCGCCCGGGCCGGAUGACCUGGCCGAGGAGAUGGAGGACGUGGACUUUGAGGACGAGGGGGCAGACGAGCCCGAUGCCGAGACUUGGGAUUCGGAGGAUGACGAGGGGGUGGAGGAUGGCAUGGAGGCGCAGGAUGACAGCGAGGUCACGUUCUCCCUCCACUCGGCUUCUGUUUUCUGCGUGAGCCUUGACCCCAAGACCAACACGCUGGCAGUGACCGGUGGGGAGGACGACAAGGCCUUCGUGUGGCGCGUGAGCGAUGGGGAGCUGCUGUUCGAGUGCUCAGGACACAAGGAUUCGGUCACCUGUGCUGGCUUCAGUCACGACUCUGUGUUUGUGGCCACGGGUGACAUGUCUGGGCUUAUCAAAGUGUGGCGGGUGGAUGCCAAGGAGGAAGUGUGGUCCUUCGAGGUGGGGGACCUGGAGUGGAUGGAGUGGCACCCUCAAGCCCAUGUCCUUCUGGCGGGCACGGCUGAUGGCAACACCUGGAUGUGGAAGAUUCCCAGUGGGGACUGCAAAACCUUCCAGGGCCCUGCGUGCCCAGCCACAUGUGGCAGGAUCCUGCCUGAUGGGAAGCGGGCGGUGGUGGGGUAUGAGGACGGGACCAUGCGCAUCUGGGACCUGAAGCAGGGAACCUCGCUGCAUGUCCUUAAAGGCCAGGAUGGCCACCAGGACCCCUUGACGUGUGUGGCCAGCAACCAGGAUGGCAGUUUGAUCAUGACGGGCUCUGUGGACUGUCACGCCAAGCUGAUCAACUCUGCCACAGGCAAGGUGGUGUGCGUGUUCAAGGUGGAGACUGUGGCCCCCAAGGCACCCAUCGGUGAGGGCGAGGAGGCAGAGUCCAACUCGGUGGAGUCGCUGGGCUUCUGUAAUGUGAUGCCACUGGCUGCUGUGGGCUACCUGGAUGGCACACUGGCUAUUUAUGACCUCUCCACACAGAGCCUGAGGCAUAAGUGCCAACAUGAGUCCGGGAUCGUGCAGCUGCUGUGGGAGGAGAGCUCGGCCGUGGUUUACACCUGCAGCCUGGACGGGGCCGUGCGGCUCUGGGACGCCCGCUCGGGGAAGAUGAUCAGCGAGUACCGAGGGCACUCCGCCGAAAUCCUCGACUUUGCUGUCAACAAGGAUGCCUCCAUUGUGGUGACCACCUCUGGCGACCACCAAGCCAAAGUGUUCUGCGUCCAGCGCCCUGAUCGCUAGAACUGUGCCAAGGGAUGGAGUCCCGGCACUGCACGGCGGCUCGUGUACAGAGGGAUGAGGGGAGAUGGUGUCACCCCCCUUCUCCAGUGUGUGCUUUGUAAUUUUCCAGCCUGCCCUGCUUUGCCCUCCCUAUCUAGGGGCCAAGCCUGGGGUUUUGUAUGAAGAUGACUUUAAUAAUAUAAAUUAUUUCACUUAA